CCUCCGUAGGUUACUGUACUGUUCGUACCUGCACCUGCAGCUGCAGGACAGAGCUACUCCAUCGACAAGGCAAGUAGCAGCAGCUCGUCAGUCUGUCAGUCAGUCAUCUAGCUCCUCCUCCAAUCCCCAUCCGGUGAUGACGAGGAGGAUGGGCUGCCUGAGCCGGCAGCUCUGCCUCCGCGGCAACCGUGGCUUGCCGUUCUUGAGGAGGUUCAAGCACAGGGAGAUCGAGGCGGCGACGAACGGGUUCAGCGCGGUUCUGGAGAGCGCCCCGCGCGGCACCGCGUACAGAGCCCGGUUCGCCGACGGCCUCGUCGCGACGGUGCGGCGAGCCGGCGGCGGGGACCGGGAGAAGGAGGCCUUCUACCGGGAGCUGCAGCUGCUCGGCCGCCUCAACCACCGCCACGUCGUCAGGCUCCAUGGCUUCUCCUGCGAAGGCAACAACAGAUUUCUGGUGUUUGACCACAUUGAGAACAGGAGUCUGAAAGAAUGUCUUCAUGAUCCCCUGAGGACACCUCUGAACUGGAGGACCAGGCUGCAGGUUGCCAUAGAUGUUGCAGCAGCAUUGGAAUACCUGUACUACUUCUGCGAUCCUCCGGUGUUCCAUGUGUCGGUCAACUCAAGCAAUGUGAUGAUGGAUGCCAAUUUUGUUGCAAAGUUAUCAGAUGUGAAUGUAAUCGGUUAUGACUCGAAGCGAACGGCGGAAUCGAAUGCUGCAUCUUUUGAAGACCAAAUUCAGCAAAGGAGAAGGGACAUGGUGUUCCAGUAUGGUGUCCUGAUCCUUGAGCUAGUGACCGGGCAAUCGCCGGGCGGCCAAGGCGAGCUGGUGCAGUGGGUGCAGGAGCCUGGAUUUGCCUGCACAAUGUACAAAAUGGUGGAUGCAGAUCUUGGCAACAUCUAUGAUUCCAAAGAACUUCGAAACCUUGUGAUCAUUGCAAGGUUGUGCACCAGACCUGGAAAUGAUGCAAUGGUUUCUAUCCCGCUUAUUCUUCGGUACUUGCAAGGGAAGGUAGCAAAUCUUGGUUAUGAAAGUGAAACCAUCUGUGAAUAAUCUGUGAAGAGAGCAGUUAAUUACUCCAUUUCUCUGAACCCUUCCUCUGUCCCAAAUAUUUGUAGAGAGUUUUCUUCUUGUUUCUCAUUAGAAUUUGUUCAUGCCCAUAGAGGAAUUACAAUACAGCAGUUAAAUUUUGUGUAUGUUCAAGAUGAACAUGGUAUGAAAUUCCUAUGCUGAACUCAAAUAGACAAUACAUUUGCAAGUGUGGUAUUCAUCUACUGAAAAAAAUCUGGGAGUUCAGUGCAAAUUCAAUGCACUCUGUAUAAUAGGGAAGAAUUGUACAUCGAGUACAGAAAUUCUCUGAUCUCGAUGAAUUAAUAUCCAACGACAGAUACCCAAUUUAAUUGUUUUCA